AUAGAUAGUACAUGCAUAUAUUAGGUAUUCUUCCAGAAACGUUAAUAAAUGUUAAAAACACCCUACUUACCACACAACAAAAGGAUUUAAUGAGAAGAAAACAGGAACAAGAUUCUGUCUGAGGAGAGCUUGAAGCAUAUCUCUGAGUCAGUUUGGCAAAUGGCAUUUCUUGAGUUGUUUUUGGUAGCACUAAUGCCUGUUCUCAAAACACUCCUCAUCACCGCCAUUGGCCUCUUUCUCGCUCUCGAUCGCGUCGAUAUCUUGGGAGCUUCUGCCAGACACAAUUUGAACAACCUUGUGUUCUACGUUUUCUCUCCCGCGCUUGUCGCUAGCAGCCUGGCGGAGACCUUAACAGCAUCCAGCAUUGUUACCUUAUGGUUCAUGCCAGUAAACAUACUCCUGAUGUUUAUCAUUGGAUCGGCUCUGGGUUGGAUCCUUGUUAAGGUCACCAAAACUUCUCAAGAAAUUCAUGGUCUUGUCAUUAGUUGUUGUGCUGCAGGAAAUUUGGGGAACAUGCUUCUUAUUAUAAUUCCAGCAGUUUGUGAGGAGAAAAACAGUCCAUUUGGAGAUCCCUCAACUUGCUCUACUAAUGGAAAAGCCUAUGCUUCCCUUUCCAUGGCGAUUGGAGCUGUUUACAUAUGGACAUACAUAUUUAACAUAAUUCGGGUUUUCGGAAAACCGCGGAGAGAUUCUAGUGCAGACAUAUUGGGUUCGAGUUUUUUGGAUAACUGCAAAGAAGUUUUGCUUUCAAGUCAUAGCUUGAAAUGUGAUCGAGAUCAAGAAGAUCAACAAAUAUGGGAUGAUAAAGAGCUGCAAGAAUCCAUAGUGACGAGGAUUAAACGGAACGUGAACUUAUGGGUAGAGAAGUAUAACCUAAAAAUGAUGUUUGCACCCUCCACCAUUGCAACAAUCGUUGGAAUUACAAUCGGAGUAGUAUCUGUGUUACGAAAGUUGAUAAUCGUAAAAAAUGCUCCACUUCAUGUUAUUGAUAGCUCCGCGUCUUUGAUAGGGGCUGCUUCAAUACCAGCUAUGACACUUAUAGUUGGAGCAAAUCUUCUUAGAGGGCUAAAAAAACAAUCAGUUGGGGUGUGGGUUCUAAUUGGGGUUCAAGUGAUUAGGUUUAUCAUGCUACCUCUUUGUGGCAUUGCCAUCAUCAAAGGAGCUCGCCAUUUUGGUUUGGUAGGGUCAGAUUCUUUAUACCAUUUCGUUCUCCUUCUCCAGUAUGCACUUCCUUCUGCUAUGGGUAUAGGAACAAUCACUCAAUUGUUUGAGGUUGGGGAGAGUGAAUGUUCUGUGAUAAUGCUGUGGAACUAUACAGUGGCUUCCUUUGCUCUAACUCUAUGGACUACAUAUUACAUGUGGAUUUUGUCUUGAAUUUUUAUAAUUUAUUUAUUUAUUCAUUCAUGGAGAGUUGUAAAAUAUCCUCAUUUGCUUUUAGUGUGCGCGGUUUUUCUUCUCUCAUUGCUUUCAAUUUGCUCUUCACCACCUUAUUGAGAUACUAGAGAUUCUCAGGAGCAAUUUGAGCGUCACCGCCUUGUUGGACCAUGAGACAUCUUCAAUGCUACAAUGUGCACGGUACACAUGUGGCACGAGAGAGAUAGACAGAAAACAUUGAUUUUAUGACAUUUCUUUAUCCUUCUUUCCACGGUCUUAUAUGUUUUUGGUAAGACCGUGUCAGAAAUAUCUAUAGUUUACUCCUGGUAUAGUCAAAUUUCUCUAUCCUUCUUUCCACGUCUUAAAUUAUAGUCUUUUAAUGUAUUUAUUAAUAAAACAUAGACUACAAA